UAUGCCUAAGAACAAGGGAAAGGUACGAUGCACUCCCCGUCCCCUUCAUGCCCUCCCCCUUCGCUCUGUCUCGCUCUCGUCCGCGCACAAACUCCUCUGUCGCGCGCGUCUCCAACCGAAACUGCCCCGCCCCCACCAUCAUCACAGCGCCUUUGCGUCGCAGCCCAACCCACCGCGAUACUCGCUUUACUAACACCUCAUCUCUCACAGGGUGGCAAGAACCGCAGACGUGGUACCAAGGAGAACGAUGAUCAGCGUCGUGAGUUGACCUUCAAGGAGGACGGCCAGGAGUACGCCCAGGUCAUCAAGAUGCUGGGCAACGGUCGUCUCGAGGCUCUGUGCUUUGACGGCAGCAAGCGUCUCGCCAACAUCCGUGGCAAGAUGCGCAAGAAGGUCUGGAUCAACCAGGGCGACAUCAUCCUCCUGUCCCUUCGAGACUUCCAGGACAACAAGGGCGACGUCAUCCUCAAGUACACUGCCGACGAGGCCCGAACCCUCAAGUCCUACGGCGAGCUCCCCGAGCACGCCAAGAUCAACGAGACCGACUCUUUCGGCCAGGGCGAGGACGGCGAGGCCUACUUCGAGUUCGGCGACGCCGACUCCGAUGAAGACUCCGAUGAGGAGGGUGGCAAGAAGGAGGUCGACAUUGACGACAUUUAAGCCGCCCCCAAUAUCCAUCCUUUUUCGCCCUCCACUGAGCCCCCGACGUCCCGGUCAGGACUUGUUCGUCCCCCGACCGGCGUUGUUGAUACUGUCUUCUCUCUCAAACCCGUGGCUCGGUCGCACUCGUUGCCGUGCCGUGGGUCCCACGACAGUAGUUGCUGUGGAGUUGGACGGCCGUGGUGGGAGGGACGUCACGGCCUGUCAUCUAGUUUACUUUUCACGUCUUCUUUGUCUACUUUGCGUUGCUCGUACUCCACGAAUAUCAUGAAGAUCCUCUCGCCCAAAAAGCACCGGUUAGACAGAGACUCAAAAAAUUCCAAAUGAUUUUUUCA